CAUCACUCAUGAACAAGAUCUCUAGCUGGUAGAGAGAGAGAACAAGAGGACUGUUCUGUGGAUGAAAUGAGGAUACAGGUCAUCUUUGGGAUCCUGUGGAUGUUCAUAGGAGGUGCCACAGGUUUGCUGUUUCACGAUCCUGUUGUCUGUAGAUUUACAGAGACUAAUCAGUGUUAUGUAGCUCUGGGACAACGAUUGCACCUGCAAAUGGUUGAGGAGGAUGUGUUUUACCUAAUACUGAGCAGCAAUACAUCUACCAAUCAUUUCAUUUUAAAAUAUACAAAAACCAAGCUUGACCAACCAAAACCAAAUUCCCCAAGAUGGCAGUUUGUUAAUGAUAAUAAAACUAUGAUACUAAGCAGUGCAGAGCGGAAUGACUCUGGAACAUACCUUUUAGCCAUCAAUGAUGCAGACGGGAAUAUUAAAAAACAUUAUAAACUCCAGCUGAACAUUGAAGCUGAGGUGUCCUCAGUGAAAGUGUCAUACAGCUGCUUGUCCCAUGGGAUCAGGAAAGUGUACUGUUCUGCUGAUGGAGACAACCUCCGCUUCCACGGGACUUCUGAUUUAAACCUAGUUUCUCAACUAGAGGAUGGGAUCAGCACUUUCCUGCUGGAACAAAGCCAUGGAAAUGUCACCUGCUACGUAGAAAAUCAUGUCAGUAGCGAACAAAAUUCCACUGAACUCCACCCAUGUCUCAUGACCAGCUUCACACAGUCUAAUACUGGUUUCAUGGUGUUCUUGUCUGUGUGGCUCUUUGAAGUCAUCAUCCUACUGUCGCUGUUAGUGGGAGCAUUUUAUAUCUACACCAGAAUCUACAGGAAACAGAGAAUAACUGAUAGAAAUGAUGAGGAAGCUCUAUAAACCUGGAUUAGGAACAGAAGAAGCAGUUCAUGGUUUCUUUCCUCUAUGCCAGUCAUCAUUACUCCCCAUCUCAUUCAGACCAUAAUAACGGACAAUUUACAAAGAACACAAAUUCUUUUAAACCACAUUUGGGUUUUGCUCGUUCAAAACUAAAACAGCCUUAUGAUUCCUGCAGAUUCAUUGGCCUUGUUUCUGUCAAAGUUUAUUUUUAAUAUUCUAAAACAAUGCACUGAUUUAAUGCUGUUGUUACAAUCACACCAACAAUGCUUUGUGGAAAUUAUUUUAAAAUAUGUAAUAUAUGUCAGAUUUGGAAAAGAACGUGUUGCAUUUUUUACCUGAAACAAUCAUGGACCAGUUAACUGUGUCUUAAUAAUAAUAAUAAUAAUUAACAUUAGGGCCAGGUACAAAGAAUAAUCUAAAGUGCAGGGAUUGGUGAGAGCACAGACAACAAUCCACCCAGCUGAGAAAGUAGUAUAGGCAUUUGCCUGAGCAUUUGGUGUACAAGAGGGUCAGGGCCUUUUCAAUACAAAUACCUGGCUCUUGAAGUACAGCUGAGACAAGAUUGAGUAGAGGAACAUAAAAGGAAAAAGAGAUCCAGGAAACACGGAUUUAGGUUUUGUUGACUACAUUUUGAUUUUAUUUUUUUUUUGUGAAUCCAACUGUCCUUUUACCUGUAACAUUGCACGUAGGGUUUGAGUAUACACCGGUCAGAGCAGGAAAGGUCUUCUUUCAUUGUGGAGACAGAUCAUUCAGAAUAAGAAGCUGAGAAGGAGGGCCAAGAUGCUGUGAAUGAGGGCUGCACUUAAAAACAGAUGGGAUGAAAGUGGAUUUGUAUGAAGACAGAUAUUGAGGAACACCUACUGAACAUUUUUCUCUUCUAUUGCUGAAAGAAUCACCUAUGACAUCUAUGUAAACAUGAUUGUUAAUCAACAAAAGCCUGGAAGACAAAAAAGGGCGUUAACUAAACCAUAAGGCAUAACUAGAUAUUCACAUUGAGCGUUAUAUUAAAAAUAGACACAUUAUAAAUGUGUGAUGUAAUAAAAACCAUGGCUUUAAGGCUCUAAGCACUAAGAUCAGUGGGAAUUUCAUUGUGAGAGAAUUUAGACCCAGUAAUAUAAGUCAGGGCAGAUUCUGGGGAAGUGAACCCAAGUUAUAGGGCUUCUUUUAUGUACUCCUCCUUAUGUAGACAUGAUCAUACAUGGCAUGUAAAAGUCAUUCAAAUUGUGAAAUCUAUGACGGGACAAAUUCUGCGGAAUUGAACAUGCUGAUAUACCUAACUUUUAGAGCCAAUCACAAACUAAUGAGCACUAGGCUACCGACGUUCCCUCCUGUGGUGCCCUUUAUACCGUUCUUUUUGGUUAUGGUAGAUUUUUUUGGCUGGAUACUUUUUAAUUUACCAAAAUUAAAAUGGAG